AUGACAAAUUUGAUACAGGUAUCACUGUUCGGAUUUAUUAGCAAUGGCUUAUCACUUUAUAUCAUAACAACAAAUUCGCAAUUUCGGAAUGCUUAUGGAGCUCUUUCUACCGUCGGCUUGCUGUAUAAUAUACAGACAUUAUCAAUUUUGCUGAUAUGGGAAGCAGUUGUUAUAAUAGGUUCAAGGGAAUUAUCAACACCGACAUCUUUCAUCGCCUUAAUACCCGGCUGCUUGGCAAGUGUAUCUUCUUACGGUUUACUAUUGGUGCAUUUCUUGCUUGCAGUGAAUAGAUAUUGUGCACUUGCACAUCCUCUAAAAUAUCAUCGUUUUUGGUCUGUAGCAAAAGCUCGCCGAGCAGGAAUUAUUGGAUAUUUCUUCGGGUUCCUGCCAUGUUUUCCGAGCAUUUUUGAACCAUGUAUCCUCAUUUUUAAUACGGAAUUGGGUUUCUAUUGGAGCUAUGGCACUACAAGUUGUGGUUACCUCAAUUCGAUCUUCGAUUUAAUAUACACUUCUUCAUUGUCGAUUAUAACAGGGUGCAUCAACUUCAUAACGCUUAUUAAAAUUAAAAAUCAGAAAAAGCCGGGUAACACUGCACGUUCCAUCAAUCAUAAACGUGAAGUAUUAUUUUUUAAACAGUCGUGCAUUAGCGGGCUUAUCAUCAUCAUAAUUAAUAUUUUCUUCGUUACUGGUCCGUACUAUCUUAGCAAUAAAUGGGCUUUAUUUGCUUCGACUACAAUUGCAUGGCAAGUGGCGCAUGUUUUAGAUGGGUAA